UGUUGAGCUUGUCUGGAUGCCUCCUUUCAUUCCGCUCUGUUUUGCUUUUUCACCUGCAGACUGCGAGGACGACAGGAGCCAGACAGGUGUGUGUGUGGAGCGUCUGUCUUCAAGCUGUGAGCACGGAUGGACUUGCUGCCUGAGGAUGGACGCACACAGAGACACAGAUGGGUGAAUGGAGGAGCAUACUGUGACCACCUCAGAUCUGCAACACUUGCUAAGAAACUAAUGGAGUCUGUCACCACCUCUGCUCCAGCAGGAGGCCAUGCAGUGUCAGCGUGAAUGACAAGCACAGUGAGCCAAUGAGCUUCACGACAAACCCGGCUCCAGUCCCAGACAGGGACAGCCUCCCGCUCAAAAAGAGGGACCAAAGACCGAGCUCACCUCUGCAGCAGCAGCAGCAGCAUCAGCAUCAACAGCAGUGUGAUGCUGCAAAUUUCAAGGCUCCAUACCCUUACAAGAGCCACGGCGAGUUUAAAGCAAAGCACAUGGUCCCAUUUCAGCCUGUGCCGAGGAGGGUCCCUGCCCUGUACCAGCCCUGGAUACAGACGCACACAUCCACCAGGUCCAAACCUCACGUCCUCUCUGCGUUCAGGGAGCAUCACGGCUGGGCAGAGUGGAGAGAAUUCAAUCCCCUGCACCCUGGAUGGGACCACCACUACCAGCACCAAAGCCACCUGCCUGCAGACCACCCAGGCCAUCCGCACUACGCCUCCAGAAUCAGUGCUGUCUCCCUGGUCACGGAGGGUUUCCAUAGAGUGAGUGGAGGGUACGGAUGGGAGAAGCUCAAGACUUUAAGAGAUAAAAGUUUGAACCCAGAGAGACAGAGCUACGGCAGGCAUAAAGGUCCAUACGUGAGGAGGGGAGACAGAAAAACGGAGUAUUUUCCCAGGGUUGAAAAAGCAAGUCCUCCAUCUUUGAGCACGUGCCUACCUCACUCCCAACACGAGGACCUCACUCUGCAACAUGACUUGUUGCACAGGCCAACAAAAGCUGCCAAACUCUCUGUUUGUGAAGUUCAGCCUGACAACUCAAACGGCACAUGCAUUUCCAUGAAGGAGGACACAUCCAGAGCUCCUGCUUCUUCCUCCUCUGCCUCUCCCAACCGUUUCCCCUGGCUGCUCCCUCACUUUGUGGCCGGCUCCCUGAUCGAGCUCAGGGACGGACGGCUGAGGAGGGUGGAGCACCUGCAGACCGAAGACUUCCUGCUCGGCUCGCUGGCCUGCCCAGACUUGCGCCUGAGCUGCUGCACAGUGCAGAGCAUCUCCCCUUCAGCCUCCUCCUCCUCCAUUUCCCGCCUCCUCAUCCUGCUGCACGACCAGCAGUCUCAGGAGCUGGUGGAUGUGUACGUGGAGUACCCGUUCUUUGUGCGUGGGCGCGGCUGGUCUUCCUGCAGCCCUGAGCGGACUGCUCGUCUCUGCGGCCUGCAGUGCCGCCAGCUCAGCGUGGGGGACGUCUGCCUGGCUCUCACCCCCGUCUCACCUCCUCAGCCCCCGCCGUCAGCCGCCCUGGAGCCAAGAACCUCACCCGACAAGUCAGAGGGAGGCUGCGAGCCUCUAAAGGCACCACAAACUGCCCUGCACCCCCUGGUUCCCCCAGGGCCAAAGCAACAAACAGGAGGGCAGAAGAUGGGGCCAGAGGCAGUUCGCAGGAGACACUAUUCUGCCCCCGAGCUGAGAGGUCCAGGGACUAAUUGCAUGUAAUGAACAGGUUUUAUGGGUAGGAUCUCUUUUAAGCUCUGAUAUAAUCAGCCUAUAUUUGCUGUCUUUCUACCUCCUGAAUUAGAUUUCUGUGCUUGACUGUCGUUCUGAUCUGUAUUUGAGGAGUAACAGCUAAAGAGGAGUGAUACAGUAAUAUCAACUCUCAGGAUCCCCUGGAGGUAAGUUUAUCUUAGCACAUACUGUAUCCGUCAGGUUUAUCAGGGAUCACACACUGACAAUGAGCUGUGUCAGAGUUCAGCGUUGCAUUUUCUGUGAGCCUGAUCAAAGUCUGUAACUACACACAUUUCUGAUCUUAUUCUUGUCAGAGAACUCAGGCUGUGUAAAACAUUUAUGAGAAAGUGCAGAACCAAAGUGUAAAUCUAUGUUGCCACAGGGAGCUGCUUCAGUACUUUUGCAUUUGAAGGAAAUCCGUAGGUUCAAAAGAAUAUUGUUGGAGUUUUAGCUCUAAAGUGAGUGUUGGUAUUCUUUCUAGCAGAUCUGACUAAAUCAGCCCACGUUCCUUGAAAAGCACAUAAAAAUACUCCCUCAGGUUUUUCACUGCUGAUGAUAUCGUUUACAGUUUCUCUCUCUUCCGCCUGAUAUUAUGUAAGACUUCUUCAUAAUCACAAAAGGAAAUUCUCUUUCCAAAUUAGAACCCAGAUAAUAUUUUUUCCUCAGCUUCAGAGGGAAUUUCACACUGACAAUCAAUCCGAUUCUUAAUUGUAUGAGCAGGAUUUAGUUUUACGCCUCUACCUCUAUUUUCUAUUUACAGAUCUGUGUUUUUAACAGUGCGGGCUGUGAUGUAAUGUGCUGUAUUGGGAGCUUCUCGGUGAACGUCAGUGUGAAUGUCUUUAUAUGCCUGGUUGUUUUAUGCAUACCCUGUACAUAUGCUCUGCUUUUUGUACCGAUGAUCCUUUUUAAAUGUCUGUCCUGAGUGGAGAUGCUCAUGCUAUUCUAAGUACUUGAAAGGUGCAGUCUGUGUCAGUUCACAUUCAGUUGAAUGGGAUGAAAAUAAAAAUGUGGAUCAUGUGGACAAGGUGCUGUACGCGAAACAAAGAAAUAAAUACGUCGUGUGUAAAACCUG